AACUUCAAAUACUCUUCUAAUAAUGAAAGACCUGACAUCAAACUAAUCAGUAAAAGAAUACCACAUCAAAAAGUCAUAAAAAUAAAUUGUGCAAAUUUACAGAAUACAUCCAUAUGUAUCCCAUACAUAUGUAUGUAUAUGAAUGUUAUGAACUAUUUGAAGUGUAAGUGUCAGUGCAUAUACCGCGUCGCUCGUUUUAGAAAAACCACGCCAGACAUAUAGUUUAGGAAAAACCAUGUAGAGAACCUCGUCAAUUUUCAAGUGAACCGAAAAGCCCAAAUAUGAGUUCAUCCUGCUUUAGAAGAAGGCAAACUAAAUUCGCGAAGCAAUUUAUUUAGUGUGGAAACACCUUAAGUCAUUAUUAAUGUCUAACAAAAAGAUCCUUCAAUCCAUUGUGAAUGAAAAGGCCGCUACAACGAAAUAUAUUUUUUAAUAAUAAUCAUAAGCAACAAAUGUUUCAAUAUAUUAUCAAAACAACUGAUUCAGCAUAAAAUCCAAAUACACAAUUUGAUAUUUUUAAACCCAGAAAGGUUAACGAGAAUAUAAGUUACUUCUUUUAAAAAGUUGUUUAAACUAUAUUCAAAAUUACCGCCUAUCACCCACCCACACCAAAAGUCAAACAAAACCCGGCCAAUAUGGACUCCGGUCCAGGGCCGGGGUUUGACGAUGAACCACCACCAGAGCCUCGAGAUGGGUGGCUACUGGUGCGCGUUCAUGUGCCCGAACUAAACGUCUUUAAAUGUCUUCAGUUUCCGUCAGAUCGUUUAGUUUGGGAUGUGAAACAGCAGGUGCUCUCCUCAUUGCCAAAGGUGGCCUUUUGGUUUAAGGAACUUAAGGAGAGUUUUAAUUAUGGACUUUUCAGUCCACCUUCAAAUGGUAAAGCCGGGAAAUUUCUUGAUGAAGAGCGGCGCUUAGGUGAUUAUCCGUUUAAUGGACCUGUCGGCUAUUUAGAGCUUAAAUAUAAGAGACGUGUUUACAAAAUGCUGAAUUUGGAUGAGAGACAAUUGAAGGCAUUACACACACGCGCAAACUUACGACGAUUUCUUGAAUGCAUACAUGCUGGACAUGUAGACAAGAUUGCAAAAAUGUGUUCCAAAGGCUUAGAUCCGAAUUUUCAUUGCCCAGAAAGUGGAGAGACCCCACUAACUGUUGCCACUGGAGCUAAAAAACCAAAUAAAUUACUGAUAGCAUUAGUUAAUGGCGGUGCUUUACUUGACUAUCGCACCAAAGACGGUACUACAGCUCUACAUAAAGCCGUUGAAAAGGACUCACUGGAAGCUGUAACAACCCUACUAGAAUUAGGUGCAUCACCUAAUUACAAGGAUGGGCGAGGUAUAACACCUCUCUAUUUAUCUAUAGCCCGUAAGUGCGACCCAAAGGUAACAGAGAGCUUGCUACAUGAUCACGCCACAUUAGGUAUACAAGACACUCAAGGUUGGAACGAGGUUCAUCAGGCUUGUCGGCAUGGUCUUGUACACCAUUUGGAGCAUUUAUUAUUUUAUGGUGCGGACAUGGAUGGCCGUAACGCUUCCGGUAACACACCAUUGCAUGUAUGCGCUGUUAACAAUCAAGAGGCUUGUGCAAGAAUGCUUUUGUUUCGUGGUGCACAGCGGUCUGCUCUCAAUUAUGCCAAUCAAACUCCCUAUCAGGUCGCCGUAAUUGCCGGAAAUAUGGACCUUGCCGAAAUUAUACAGAAUUUUAAACCUGACGAUGUAGUUCCUUUUCGCGGACAACCUCGGUAUAACCCAAAACGUCGGUCAGCUGUGGGCUGGCCAGGUGGCAGCUACUACAGUAGUUGCGCUGGCAGCCUGAUGGGCACCUUGCCACGGAACAGCACAUGUUUUCAUAAUGGACCGCCGUCACCUUGUCCAUCCGAGCAUAUUCCUUAUAGCUCGGCUAGUUCAAGUCUCUCCGAAGGAUCGUCAGGACAUCGCUCACAUGAAGAUGACAUCAGCAUUGUUACAGACAAAUCACUUGGUGACACUAGUGAUUUAAUCAGCGAUUCAUCUGGUGUUGGUACCAAUUCAGAUUCUGCUGCAUGCUCGAUCGGACAUCCCAGCACCAUCGUGGUGUGCAUGGAACCAUACUCUGGUAAUGCACCAGGCCAUAUUUCGUUGCAGUCAGGUGAUGUUAUUGAGGUGGUGGGAUCCACUGAUUGUGGUCUCCUGGAAGGAUACAUACGUGGUUCAAACCAAUCCGGUUUUUUUCCCGUCGAUUGUGUACAGGAAGUGAGCUUACGCCAAAAGAACACAACGGCAAUCUCUAUUGUUAGUAGCAAUACCAAUAACACCAGCUGCCAGUCCCCUUAUCUACCACACGCUUCAACCGGGGGUUCAGUAAAUAACGUAGCGAACCCCCAAAGGUCACCUCAGCUCAGUAUCAGCGGUAAUGCAACUACUAAUGCGGCUAAUAACAGUGUUGAUACGCUUUCACUCAACAUUAUUGCGCCAGGCCAUACGCAGCACUCACCUUCUAUGUCAUUAAAUAGCAACGGAUCCGACUCAAUGAUGAAUGCCGGAUACCACAACACUUUACAUUUAGUUAGUCAAUUCAGCAGCGCAACGGCUCCUCGAUUGAAAAAGCCAGGUUUAAAUGAACCGCGAACAAUUAUUCUACACAGAGCAAAACGUGGCUUUGGUUUCAUAUUACGUGGAGCUAAGGCUUCCUCACCACUAAUGCAAUUAAAACCAACAGAACGGUUUCCAGCGCUACAAUACUUAGAUKAUGUGGAUCCAGGAGGUGUGGCAGAUAUGGCAGGUUUACGUCCUGGAGAUUUUCUUCUGGCUAUCGGCAAUGAAGAUGUUCGAGCAGCUUCCCAUGAGAAAGUCGUAGAAAUGAUACGUUCCGCUGGAGCGCUUGUAUCUAUGACUGUUAUUUCCCCUCAAUUCCCUAACCAAAUGCAAGCUGGAGCACAAUUCUUACCAAGCAUUUACCAGUUGUCAAGCGGACCGAACACACCACAAGCAUCGCAUCGCCAAUGUGCAACUUUACCGCGAAAAAUGUCACUGGGUCCUGGCACUACAGCUAGUGCCAGUGCUGGAAGUAGCGUAGUUAGUCGAAUGCCAGCACCGAUACCGCCACGCCGAGACCCAAAAACAACGCUAAGUGUUGGACGAGCAAGAGCGAAAUCAAUGGUGGCUGGUUUGGAAAAUGGAGGGGAAAAAGAUGACGGCGACGUACCACACACUAAAUCUUCAUCCGUCGAAUCAAUAAUCACACCCACACCAACUCAUCCAGGAACGCCAGUGCAGUUACGUACCGCUAGUAUAAAGGCGAGACCAACAUCCAGCCGCAUAACUGCUGCAGAACUGGAGGAACUUUUUCAACGUCAACAGGGUGAAUCAAUGGAUAGUUCAAACAGCUACUCCACAAUGAUGACCACAUCCCGAUUUCAGUCUGGUACAGACAGUGGACCUGCUACACCACCACCAAUUACCAAUUCGCCGAUGAAGGCGCCUUUAGUCUACGGUAGUGUUGCUGAAAUGAAACGAAAGACAAAAAUUAAAAAUGGAACUAUGCGUUGUAAACCAUGCCCCAUACCGUCGGUAGGCGGAUCCAAUGGUCAUGACUUGAAACGCUUUCAUUCAACUCCAGAUUUAAAUACUCAUUUAAAUGGAUCAGUCUCGACUAUUUGGGCAGCAGCAAACAAAGGACACCACUCGCAAGAUGAUGUUGCCACACUUCAUUCUUCUUUGCAACGUUUAAAUGUUUUACCCCCGCCUACACACCCACCACCUCCACCACCAAUUGGGCAAGUUAUUAAAGUGGAGACUCGCAGCACAUCGGAGUAUGAGUCGACGUUAUCGUUGCAGCAAAAGUUAAAGAAGCGUGCCGAAAAUGAUGCCGUCACUUCGGCUGCCAUUGAUGGUAUUCAGUCGAGUUUCAAUCCCUCAACAAAUGCUAAAAUAUAUGCCUCGCCACAGGAGUUACGAAAUGUGAUGGCAUGGAAGUUACGACAAUCUCAAGAGAACCGACAAUCUCAAAAUGACCAACAGCAACAGCACCAAUCUCAAGUUACACAAGUAACUUCUUCGCCACAGGCAGGAUCAAAUCCUUCUACACAAGCACAACAGUCUAGUAGUCAAUAUGCACAACCAACAACUAGUCAAGUAAUGUUGCAGCAGCCGCAACUACUAGAGAAAACACAUUAUGAUGCAGGACAACAGAAUGGCAACUCUGAAAUCUGCACCACAAAUAACAAUAACAAUAUUGGAGCAGGUCAUGCACCUCCAAUACCAGAACCAGAUUAUAGUUUUAGUGAGUCGGACGAUGAGGAUGAGAAUUCUAUUUUAGUUGCUAGAAAUACUAAACUAAACGAAAAAAUUACACUUGUAGACAUUGCUGACACUAGUGGAAACAGUCAAGCAAGCGGGAGUAGCACUGGAUCUACUUCCAUUUCGCACUCGUUAUCCGUUGAUGAGAUUCAACGCGUUCGCAGCAACUUGAAACAAUCAAAAUCAUCACCAAAUGGUUUUCUCAAAAGCGAAAAUUCGCAAAGGCCUGUAGCUGUAAGUGAAGCUGGUGCUCCGGGACAAAACCAAUCAGCUGGAAUAACUGCCGAGGAUCAGAAAAAUAAUAAUAAAAACAAUGAUCAGCCGGUUAAUGAAGUGAUAGGUGAGGAAGGUGAUAAUAGCUCGUCAGGUGUAAGUAGUGACCAAGAAGUCGCUGGCGCAAAUGUGAAAGGAAAUAAUACCAGAACUACUGAUACGAUUAAGAAAAAACCGAAUGUUACAAUUAUUGAAGACCAUAAAGCUAAUAAAAAUGAAGAAACUCUAGGCUCCAAAUCAGGAAAAGCAUCAAUUACGCAUUCGAAUAUAAUCGGAGAAGACAUUGCUACUAAUUCACCAUCAAAUAUUAGUAGUAUAAAUUGUAAGACAAAGAGCUCUUUAACAUUACCAUCGUCCCGUGCUGCCGAAGUGGAAGUGUUUUCAACAUCUGUACCAACAACGUUAAAAGAAAAAACUGAAGAUACUUUCAUAGCAGAAAUUUCAAGCGCGUCGAAAAUUCCAACACUCAACGUUGCCAACACUGCUGCUGUAUUUGAAGCUAAAGCAACGGCUACUACAGUGACCGUUAAACAAAUGGUGCAACAGCAGCAUGCUCCUGCAAUACAACAACAGCAACAUCAUAUAUCGGCAAAAAAAGUUAAAUCAUUAGUAAUACAAAGUCAACAAAUGAGUACGAAUAAAAGUCCUCAAAGCGUCAAUAGUCGGGUGGGGCAUGUACAGCCACAGCUUCUUUCAAGUCAGACUAUGCAACAGCAGUCAUCAGUUUUGCCUAUAAAUAUACCGCAACAACAUUUGCAUCCAAAUCAGAAACUUCUCGCCACACAGCAACAUAUAUUUUUGCAACAACAGCAGCAGCAGCAACAACAACAGCAUCAUCAGCAGCAACAAUUGCAUCAACAGCAUUUACAACAAAUACUGAAAGCGAAAACUGCAGCCGCUGGUGUUACAGGUACAAAUACUGCUGCCAUUGUUACCAAACAACAACAACAGCUGCACAAAAAAUCGCAACACGAAGGAAAAGAUGCAAAAUAUGAAUCAGAGCAUGAACAACGUUCUGAAGACGAAGGCGAUUUGAGUCCGUCACCACCUGCGAAGGGAUUCCAGCGUCACAAUUCACUGACCCGAAAACAGGCAGCGGCCAUUGCUAUGCAACGCGCUAGCCGCAGUGCAGCUGUCUCUUUAAUGCAGUUGCCACCGCCCAUUGAAUCGGACAGCGACAACUACGAGUUGAACUCCACUGGCGAUAAUAGUAACAGCAACAAACCGAUUUUAAAUGUCGCCAUACCAUCUAGCAGUGGCCGAGCCAUUCUAUCUGUACCCAUUAGUGCCGAAAAUAUAGUGCUAGCGCCACCACCACAAUUUUGUGAUUGUAAUGACAUCAAACAUUCACCACAACAACAGCUAAAUCACAUUCAGUCAGCUCAGCAAAACAACCAACAACAAUUGCACUACCCACACCAACAAUAUCAACUGCAAAUACGUACACACAUGCAAAUCCAAGGUGGUGGGAGUAGCGCCAUCGAAAAUGCAAGCGGUACAGUUGCCAUGAGCGGAGGCGUGGUAAAUGUCGGUACAAUCGGACGCAUGCGUAACAUAGGUACAACUCCUAAAACACCACACCACCGAUUACAUUGAAUACUAAAGCUACAUAACAUAUAUAUACAGGCAUACAUAUGUGCUUAUGCAUGUAUGAGUAAAUUGCAUGCAGAAUUAAAAAUGACUACCAUAUGCUGAAAUAUAUCGUACAUUCUCUCAUAAAAUUAUUUAUGCAAUAAAUUUUUAAGCAUCGGAUUACAAAUUUCCUAGAUAUAUGCAAAUAUUUAUCAAGUCGAUGACCCCGAGCUACCUUUUCUUAACUGGUCGAUAAACCUAGUUUAUAUUACUUUAAAUAAAGCAAAUGCAAAGAACUGAAAGAACUGUCUUAACAACUAACAUACAAUAAAUGGAAUUUCUUACUUUCUACUAAGUCAAGUUUGAAAUUGUAUUUUAUUUCAAGCGCUGCAGAUAUACUCUACUUGCUUAGAGAGCAAAGUAUUGAUAUGAGCUUACUUUCAAAAAUUAAAUAAGCAAAUUCAGUAUUUUCAGAUAAAAACUUUGAGUAUUAUUUUAAAAAAAUUGUAAAAAUAUUUUUCAACACUUUGUUUGAAUUAAGUCAUUAAAAACAUAAUUGCACAUAUUGAAUUAUAAAGUUACGAAGUGCACAAAUAUAAUAUAGUAGAUAAAAUUAACCAUGUAUAAUGAAAUUAAGUUUAUGGAAACAUUUAUAACAAUUAUAAAAUAUAUUAUGAGAAUGAAUAAUUAAACUUAGUAAAUUGCAAUAACCCUAUGGAAUAGAAAAGCAUAUUAAAUUAAUACUACAAACAAAUUUAUAUUUUAAAACAUUUUAACGCACAUAAACGCCAUGAUGAUAAGAACCGCCAAUCACUAAAAAAACUGUGUGAAAACACACAUUUUUAAGGCUGACAAUUACAAUAAAAUUAAGAUCACGUUUCAGUUCAUAAAAACAAAGAUAUUUGAUUACACUUAUUUAAGUGGCUGCACAUACAUAUGUUUUAUUUUAAAAUCUUCUCAAUAAACACAUAUGUAUGUAUGUAAUUAACCUAACAGACAAACAGAGUUGCUUUCUGUUAAGUACGGCGGUUGAUCGAAUUAUAAAAUGAAUAAAAACAAACUGAAACAUUCA